UCAUUUUCAAUCCGAUGAAGUGUUUACAUGUCCUCUCCAUCGGAUUAGAAAAGGUUUAAACCACCCCUUACGAUCCGAAUGAAAUUUUAAUCGGUUUUGUCCAGUUCAUUUCGAUUGACGUGUUUACAUGUGACUUUUUAAAUCUGAUUGUGCUUCUAGUCCAGUUACGAUCGGAUUAUUAGUGUCCAUGUAAACGCAGCUAGUGACAUGCAGGCCAUAAAGUGUGUAGUGGUCGGAGACGGGGAAGCCGAAAAAAUAUGCCUUCUGAAAAGCUACACCAGCAACGCCUUCCACGGAGAGUACACCCCCACAGUGUUUGAUGAUUAUUCUGUUACUGUAAUGGUAGAUGGGAAGCCAGUGACCCUGGGGCUGUACGACACAACAGGACAGGAGGACUACGAAAGACUGAGGCCGCUCUCCUAUCCUCAAACGGUACAGCGCCGAGAGCAAACUCAAGGCAGAGACGUGUUUUUAAUUUGUUUCUCGCUGGUGAGCCCUGCCUCGUUCGAGAAUGUCCGUGCCAAAUGGUAUCCUGAGGUCACACAUCACUGCCCCAACACCCCAAUCAUUCUUGUUGGGACCAAGAUCGACUUAAGAGACGACAAGGACACUAUUGAGAAGCUGAAAGAAAAGAAACUCACUCCCAUUACUUACCCACAAGGCCUUGCUAUGGCUAAAGAAAUAGGUUCUGUGAAAUAUCUGGAAUGCUCAGCUUUAACUCAGCGUGGCCUUCAUACAGUGUUCGACGAAGCCAUUCGUGCAGUCCUGUGCCCACCGCCGGUCAAAAAGCCAAAUCCAGAGUGCCGUCUCCUCUGAAGAAGUCGUCCAUAAAGAACCAUCUGCAGUCUGCACUCGCCUGAGGAGAGGUUUCAGGAAUAGUGGGGAGGGAGGACGUGUUAGGAGAAAGAGGGAAGACUCUAUGAACCAUACCCAUACAUCUCUCUUACUUACAUAUUGUAGUUAUAAUUAGAUUUGCUCCUCUGAGUCUGUUUUAGGAUCCUAGAGAUGGGGAUGCGUUUCCUCGUUAUGUCCCUUCACACUAAGUAAUUCCUGCUGCCUUUUAAUAAUGUGUUUUUCAUGUUUAUGUAAUGGUAAACCAAAUGAUCCUUUCUUUAUUUCAUCCAUCAGAGCAUACAUAUUUUGUUUACACACUGCAUUUUUUUUUAUAGAAAAUGAAAAGUUACCAAAAAUGCAAACCUGCUUAUAAUAGCUUUUACUUAUUCUGAACAUUAUUUAUUUAAGUCAAACUGCUUGAUUUGUAGGAAAGAGUCCACAGUUUAGAAGCUGCUGAAUGCUUACUUAGAUAGAUAGACGUACUUUAUUGAAAUUUGGGAAUAAUUUUUAGGAUUUUGCUGGUUUACUCAUUAUUUAGUGUACAUAUUGGGAUCAGACAUUUGGUACAUAAAUGUUACACUAGAAAAAGUCAGUUUUCACUCACUCUCAUCUGAGCACUCUAAAUUACAAAACAUACUUUGGCUCAAUGAUUAUUAAUAUGUGCUGCAUUUACUAUGCAGUCAUCGUGAAAGACGUUUUUAUUCCCACACAGUAUUGUAUUAACAAUAUUCUCUGGAAAUGAAAAACAGUGUCCUUUGUCCUAAGCUUUAGUGAUUUCAUGCAAGUGUUAGUUAGUUCAUCUGAAAUCAGUUUCCACUGUCACGAU